AUGAAGUCGUCGCUGUACGAUCGAAUUCUGCACAGGGAGCUGGGCCACGGCCCCCGCAGUGCGGGCAUAAAUGGCAUCUACAGCGCCGCCGAGUGGAUGGACAGUCUGGACAUUGUCAAUGAGCUCGGCGGCCAUACUGGAUGUGUCAAUGCUCUCAGUUGGUCUCGGUCCGGACGCCUGCUGGCUUCUGGCUCCGACGACACCUGCUUGAAUAUCUACUCGUACCAGCCCGAGUCGUCAACGGCUCCCUUCGCCCUGAGCACGUCCGUCUCUACUGGCCACAGGGCCAAUAUCUUCUCGGUCAAGUUCAUGCCGCACUCGGAUGACCGCACCCUGGUCACUUGCGCGGGCGACUCCGAGGUCCGCGUCUUCGACGUCGAGCAUUCUUUCCAAAAGAACGCUUCCGCCACUUCAGUUGCCGCCGCAAGAAGCAAGCGGAUGACCGAUUUCUUCACAGGAGUGCGCUAUCUAGACCACUCAAAUACUAACACCCGCGUCUACAGUUCCCAUUCAGACCGCGUGAAGAGGAUCGUGACAGAGUCGUCUCCGCAUCUGUUUCUCACCUGCUCGGAAGAUGGCGAAGUGCGCCAAUGGGACCUGCGCCAGCCCACGUCCGCUUACCCGGCGCCUGAGAGCGGUCAUGGGCUCGCCUCAUACAACCAACCCAGUUAUGCUUCCAAUGUGCCGCCACCUCUAAUAUCCUAUAAGCGUCACAACCUUGAUCUAAAUACAAUUUCCUGCUCUGCAAGCCAGCCGCACUACAUCGCCCUGGGUGGCGCCCACUUGCACUGCUUCCUUCAUGAUCGUCGUAUGAUGGGACGCGACCUGCUUGCCGAAAAGGGCCAAAUGGACGGCUCCUCUCCGCUAGAAAGCACCCGCGAUGACGAAGCCAUGAACCGCGCAACACGAUGCGUGCGCCGCUUUGCCCCCAAGGGCCAAAAAAGAAUGAAACCCAAAGACAACGGCCAUAUAACCGCAUGUAAAAUCAGUGACGCCCGUCCAAACGAACUUCUCGUUAGUUGGUCCGGUGACCAUAUCUACACCUUUGACCUCGUCCGCUCCCCGGAUGCCCGCGAAAAAGAUGACAGCGUUAUAUCUUACGACACGUCGAGGAAACGUAAGCGUGGAAAAGUGUCUUCGUCGACUUCUCUUAACAGUGCAAUCCGACACCACUCUCGCAUGAGGUCUGAGGAUGUAGGUCAAAGUGACCCCGAAAUGUCAUUUCACAUUCGUUACAGAAACAGAGACUCGGAAGACAUCCCAAUAACAUCAUUGGCGGACGAGUCAUUUCCCCCUAAUGCACCAGAAGAAGCCGUCGAUGAUUCGGUACUGACUGACGCACAGAAAAUGAGCUAUGAAAUUGCCAAAAGCUUAGUCAAAUUGCGAAAGUACCUGUUUUCUCUCGAGUCAUCGAUGCGCGAGACCACCCUAUCUCAGUGGCACUACGAUCUCACUCCGUACGAGCCGACCUUCACAGCCGCCCUAGACUAUGCUUUCGCCUGUCUUAUUCCAAUGGAUGAUAUCCAUCGGUCGUGGAGGUACCCGAUCAACCCUUCGCCGGACGAGGUGAUUCGGCACCAAACGUUCAGGCGGCAUCGUGAAUCCGCACGGCGAUUCGUCCAAGCUUCGGCUACUCUGGCUCACUUUCUAGGAAGCUGUGUCGAAGACUACGCCGAACGAGAAGAUGUGCGAGAGGAUUUAUUCGAGACCAUAGUCCCCGCGCCGUCCGAGGAUGGGAAAAUCGACCCAGAGUCUCAGUUUGGAUAUGACUUUUUGAAAGCAAUUCUGCUCUGGCUUAAUGGCGGUCGAGAAACGCUCAAAGACGGAUUUAAAUUAAAACGCAACUCGCCACGCAAUCGAAGGCGCUUUCCCAUCCCGGACGAUGGAGACGACCGCGCAAUUGAAGACUAUCUUAUACCGUACUUGCGAGAACUGGCUGGGUCGUCGCCCAUUGUCGAUGUCGAUGCCUCGCGGUUCGAGCAUGACGAAUCACGGAUCCUUUUCCCCACACAACAUGCUGCUGUCACCGCCUUUGAAAAAGCUAUCAAAUUAUCCCUGGAGGAGUCGGACAACGCAGUCAUUCACGAGGAAGAAGAUGAAAUUUCGGAGCACGUAGUGCGUGCCUUGAAUAGACAGGCGGCGAACAAGUAUUGGGCGCUCCGAGUUGGCCGGGGUUUGUUAAUGAGUGUGGGUGACGGAAUCGAUUUUGCAUUUGUUAACCGCGCAUUUGGAGGAUCGCCCGCUAUCACCGGCCAAGACGACGACGACGAUGAUGAACGGAUGCAACAGGAUAUCGACCCGGAAGAUGAGUCGGAAGAGAUUGAAGAUUUCCGGCUGGUUUCCAACCGACGAAGAACACAUCGACGUCGCCCUCAUAAUGUCACUCAUCUCCAUGCCCGCUCCAAUAUGUCUGAAGACGAGGAUGACCAUUUGGAGCUAGAUAACGGCAAUGCUAGCGACGGCGAUGAAGAGGUUCUGGACUUUGACGACGAUGACGACGACGACGAAAAUGAUGGUAGCAACGAAGAUAGCGACGAUGACGAUUCUGACGAAUUUUUCCUCAGACGCGGCAGACUUGCAAAUAGUCGGCAUGGAGACAAGGUCGAGAUACAGGCACCUUGCGGCACUCCUGAAAAUGUUUACAAAGGACACUGCAAUGUCAAGACUGUUAAGGACGUUAAUUAUUACGGCUUGGACGAUGAAUAUGUUGUCAGCGGGAGUGACUCUGGACACAUCUUUAUUUGGGAUCGCAAGACUACCAAGCUGGUCAAUAUCCUUGAAGGAGACGGCGAAGUUGUCAAUGUUGUUCAAGGCCACCCAUAUGAACCGACUCUUGCUUGCUCAGGCAUAGACAACACUAUCAAGAUUUUCUCGCCUGAUCGACGAUUGCAAUAUGACGCUCGACACGGCAUCAACAUUUUGAAUCCGGAUCACCCGGCCAAUAUGUUUUCAAGCCGCCCACAGAACAGCGCAGGCAGCUCGCAAGUGUUUGGACUGCGGAGUUGCAAGCGGAUGAAGGACAGCUAUCAAAUCAUGAGCCAAAAUGACGCCGAGAGACAAGGCGGCAUGAGCGAAGCUUAUAUCACGAGGAGUAUGCUGUCUCGCCUCGCUGCAACGCUAAGACAACGACAUACCAUGCCACAUACAAAUCCCGGCAUGGAUUCUGACGGCGCCACUAUUGUGCUCGACGAAAACUGCACUGUCAUGUGA